GAGCUGAGAGAUUUGGCAUCCAAACACCCAAACCUGGUCCUGGUGAAGCUGGAUGUUGCGAAUCCCUCAGCUAUUACCGAUGCGGCGAAGAUCGUGGAGGAGAAGCUGAAUGGCACGGGCUUGAACCUGCUCAUAAACAAUGCCGGCAUCUACACCCCGGCGGCAUCGCUGGACACGGUGGACACUGAAGAGAUGAUAAGGACAUACAAGACAAAUGCAGUGGGGCCAUUGCUGAUGGCCCAGGCGUUCCUGCCCCUGCUGAAGAAGGCUGCCCGGGAGAGCACAGAGAAGGGGCUGAGCUGCAGCAAGGCAGCCAUCAUCAACAUCUCCACCAUCAUGGGAUCCAUUGAGAAAACGCCGGAGUCCUUCUGCAAGCCUGCCAUCUCCUACCGCUGCAGCAAGGCUGCCCUCAACAUGCUCACCAAGUGCCAGGCUCUGACUUACGGAGAAGCUGGGAUCCUCUGCAUGGCACUUCACCCUGGCUGGGUGAAAACCGACAUGGGCAGCCAAGAGGCUGACCUGACGGUGGACACGAGCGUGCGGGGGCUGCUCUCUGUACUGCCGAUCCUCUCUGAGAAACACAGUGGGACCUUGCUCAACUGGGAAGGUAAAGCUAUUCCUUGGUGA